AUGACCCCUGACGUGGAAAGCGAGCGGGUGCUGUACCAGCGCCAAGCAGGCGCGGACAUCGGCGACGACGGCAUCGCUGCCUCCUUUGGCAACGACGCCAGCGCCCUGGAAGCGCUCGACAACGGCGUCGUCCUGCUCGACCUGAGCCACUGGGGCCGCCUGCGCCUCUCCGGGGGCGGCCGCAAGGCCUUCUUGCACGGGCAGACCACGAACGACAUCAACAGCCUCCAGAAAGGUCAGAGCCGCGAGACCGUGGUGACCGACCCGCAGGCGCGCACGGUCGACCUGAUGACGGUCAUCGCGACGGACAACGCGCUGCUGUGCGUCACGUCGCCCGGCAUGGCCGCCCCGCUCGCCCAGCGCUUCGAGAAGUACAUUUUCCCCGCCGACGACGUCGCGGUGCAAGACGUGUCGGAACGGACCGCGAUGCUCGCGCUCGCGGGCCCGGAGUCCGACGCCGUGCUCGGGGAGAUCGGCCUGACGGGCCUCGCGGGCCAGCCGGUCGGAUCGUCGGCGAUGGUGGCGUUCAAGGGCUCGCCGGUGGUGGCGACGAUCCGCUCUGUGUUCGGCGGCGGGGACGCGGAGGCGCGCGGGUGCGUGAUCGUCGCGGACGAGAGCGUCGCGGGGGACCUGUGGCGCGUGCUCGCGCUGCGCGGCGCGGUCCCGAUGGGGUCGGUUGUCGCCGAGCGUGCCCGCGUGAUGAAAGGACGGCCGAUGGCGGGCGCGGAGCUGACGAAGGAGUUCACGGCGCUCGAGGCCGGGCUGUACUUCGCGAUCGCGGAGGACAAGGGGUGCUACGUCGGGCAGGAGGCAAUCUCCAAGGUCGUCAAACACGACGCGGUGCGGCGGCAGCUUUGGGGGUUCCGGAUGCCGCCGGGGUCGUCGUGCGCGGUGGGGGCGACGAUGUACGACGGAAACGGAGAGGAGCUGGGGCCGGUGACGAGCGUGGUGGAGGGGGAGAAGGACGGGGAGGUGGCGGGGCUGGCGUACGUGCGGUGCAGGUACAAGGGCAAGCAGGCGAACGUCGAGGCGAUGCUGGUUCGCGUGGGAGAGUGCGAGGGCAUCACGAAGAGGAUUCCGUUCGCGAAGCGGUCGUUCUAG